AUGGGGGCCCCACAGCGCAAAGACCCAUCGAUGGUAGCUGGAGCAUCCUGUGUGAGCAAAGUGACAAAGCCCUGGUUUGGACAGACUCCAGUCAAGGGCAGGGGUUCACCUGCAUCCCCACUCAGCUCCCCUCUUCCUUCCUCUGUUGCAGUGGCCCCGGAGAACCCCAUAGUGGAGGGUCGGGAGCAGGCUGUGGAGGGCGGCGAGGUGGAGCUGAGCUGUGUGGUACCUCGAUCCCGACCUCCGGCCAUGCUGCGCUGGUACCGGGACAGAAAAGAACUCCGAGGUGUGGACAGCCGGCAGGAGAACGGAAAGGUGUGGAGUGUGGCCAGCACAGUGCGCUUCCAAGUGGACCGGAAGGAUGAUGGCGGCAUCGUGACCUGUGAAGCUCAAAAUGCAGCCCUUCCUCCGGGCCACAGCAAGCAGACCCAGUACGUGCUGGACGUCCAGUACUCCCCCACCGCCCGGAUCCACGCCUCCCAGGCUGUGGUGAGGGAGGGAGACACCCUGGUGUUGACCUGUGCUGUCACAGGAAACCCCAGGCCCGGACAGAUCCGGUGGAGCCGGGGGAACGAGUCGCUCCCCGAGCGGGCAGAGGCGGUGGGAGAGACGCUCACCCUCCCUGGCCUCACCUCCCUAGACAACGGCACCUAUACUUGUGAGGCCGGGAACAAGCACGGCCAAGCGCGAGCUCUCUACGUCCUGGUGGUCUACGACCCCGGCGCCGUGGUGGAGGCCCAGACCUCAGUGCCCUAUGCUAUCGUGGGGGGAAUCUUGGCGCUGCUCGUCUUUCUCAUCAUCUGUGUCCUGGUGGGCAUGGUCUGGUGCUCCGUGCGGCAGAAGGGCUCCUAUCUCACCCACGAGGCCAGUGGACUGGACGAGCAAGGGGAGGCCCGCGAGGCCUUCCUCAAUGGGGGCGAUGGACAUAAGCGCAAAGAGGAAUUUUUCAUCUGACCCUUCCCCGGACCUCCAGCCCUGGCCCUGGCCCAGGCUCGGUCUCACCAGUCCAGAAUGGAACCAGCAAAGACUCUGACCUGGGGCAAGGGCCACUUGGAAGUCUUCCCCACCUAACAUCCAGCAAGACAGGGAAGGCGGACACCUGGGCCCUGGGAGGGAGGUUAGGGUUGGGGGCCCGAUGUGAGAUGCCUAAGGGGGUGGGGAACGGGGAGUCAGGACACCUGGGUCCCCAAAGGGGCAGGGACUGGGAAUCCGGGUGUCUUGACUCCCUCAGGGUAGGGGCUGGAGGAUAAGAAUACUUGAGGCCUGAGAAGGAAAAGGAGACCUGGAGACCUGGGUCUCUGACGGGCCAGGGGCUGGACGUUUGGGUCCAGGGU